AUGCCACCAAAGACAAAAGCUCCCGCUACCGGGGUAGAGAAGUAUAACCUCCAACUGCCCAUGCAUCUCCAACUCCUCUACUCCAUAAUCCUCGAAGUAGGUCUCCCAACCGGAACUGAAGCCUGGGACCGAAUCGCAUCUCGAAUCCCCGUUGGAGAAGACGGAAAGGAUGUCCCUGGCACAGCUAUCAAGAAGAGAUGGCAUCGCUUGGAGACCAAUUUGGAUAAGGGAGAGUUGUUCGGAGAGGAUCAUAAGGAUAUUUUGGCUGAAAGCAAGACGAAGGUUGUCAAGGAAGUGAAGAAGGUCGCGGUUAAGGAGAAGAAGGUGGCUAAGGGUAAAGGCAAGGGGAAGGAGAAAGCGCAGAAGGUGGUUGAGGAAAUUGAAGAUGAGGAACAGGAUGGUGAUGAAGUGCCUGAAGCAAGUUCAAGCAAGGUUGCUGUGGAAGAUGAGGAAAUGAAGGAGCCACCUGCAAAGAAGGCGAAGGUUGAGAAAUCGAAGAAGGAGCCGAAGAAGCUCAAGGUGGUAAAAUCACAGGAGUUGAAGAAAGUUGUUGAGAAUGAAGUUGAGGAACAACAAAUUGAGGAGACUGAAAUGGAUGAGAUAGAGAUCGAGGAGGAUGUCCACCCAGAGGUCAUGGAAAUGGAAGCUGAAGCGGGUCAUGAAGUAUGA